AUGUCAGGAGCUCAAGUGUCUGGGGCCAACAGUCUCAGCCUUGACCGUCACCCUUCUGCCCAUCACUACUGGUUCAAUUGGCCAGAGGAAAAAAAAAUUAUAAAGUUUUUCCUCAUGGUGAAUAAACAAGGGCAGACCCGACUUUCUAAGUACUAUGAGCAUGUGGAGAUUAAUAAGUGUACGCUUCUGGAAACAGAAGUCAUAAAGAGCUGUCUCUCUCGAUCCAAUGAACAGUGCUCUUUCACUGAAUAUAAGGACUUUAAGCUGAUAUACCGGCAGUACGCAGCUCUCUUCAUUGUGGUUGGAGUUAAUGACACAGAGAACGAGAUGGCAAUUUAUGAAUUCAUCCAUAACUUUGUGGAAGUUUUAGAUGACUACUUCAGCCGAGUGAGUGAACUAGAUAUAAUGUUUAAUUUGGAUAAAGUACACUUCAUUUUGGAUGAGAUGGUAUUAAAUGGCUGCAUUGUGAAAACAAAUCGGGCAAGAAUUCUUGCCCCUCUGCUAAUUCUUCAUAAGAUGUCAGACAACUGA